AUGACAGCAGCAUACAUGCUAGUCGGUGAUACCCUCUUCUUUGGGUCGCAUCGACGCCAUGACACAUAUAUGCGGUGCGGAUAUGCACAUGCGCAGGACGAGUACGCAGAUAUGCAAUACCUAUCCACACAAUCAACGAGCCCGGUGAGGAUCGAGUAUCUACAAAUGUACGAGAAGGCAUGGAUCGAGUAUCGACGAGUGUACGAGAAGGAAUGGAUGGAGUCUUCACGAGAGGACGAGAAGGAGUGGAUCGAGUUUCAACGAAAGUACGACAAUGCGAGGAUCAAGUCUCAACAAAAGUGCGAGAAGGCGUGGAUUGAGUCUCAACAAAUGUACGACAAGGCGUGGAGCGAGUGUCGACGAAAUUACGAAAAGGAGUGGCUCGAGUCUCGACGAAAGUACGAGAACGCGUGGAUCGAGUUUCAACAAAAGUACGAGCAGCCGAUGAUCGCAUCUCAACAAAAGUACGAGCAGGCGUCUGAACACCGCAAAAAGUCGAUACAGGAUGCACGUAACAAACCAGCACAACAACAUCGACAGUUAUCGCAAUCGCACCAUCAGACGUUGCCACAACAUAAGCAAGGACUCGAGGAGCUCGUUGACAAGUUUUCCUAUCCGUUGUUGUCGAAGGAUGCGGGCACCGUACCGAGUUCUUUACCGGAAUCUGAGAGUAGCGGCAGUCGAGAAGACGGGGACAAGACAUCAGAGGAUCAUGGGAGGAGGAGGAAGCGGGUCAAGCACGACGACAUCAAGAAGGAGCCUGUUGACGAAACAAUGUCCGACGCCGCCACCGCCAGCGCAUCCUUCUCCACUAUCACCAGUACGGCAUCCACUACCUCGAGCUUUUCAACCUCGUCUGGCCACAUUGUCGCUGAUGUAACUCUCGACAUGCAAAACAAGCUGAACUUCAACCCUACCACCGCCAUCUUUCAAUAA